AUGGAGCGUUUGGACGAUUCAGAAGAGCAACUCGAACGAGUUGACUCUGAUCAGUUAACAUUGACAAGCUCUAGUUCAGGCAUUUCCUCGGUAUUCAGUACUGACGAUUUCCGUAACUUCAACGGCUCCGGUGACAUUUCCUCUAUCAGCAGUGGCUCAGGUGAGAUUCCGAUAUUUACGGUGAAUCGAGUGAUUCUUGCACCUUCGUUGAUCGCUGAGAAGAAUGAAGGUGACAGCAACCUCAACAAGGCUGACGUGACGGCGGUGAGGGAGAAGUGCGUCGGAAGGAACAACAAGGGAGUGAGUUGGGGAUAUACUUCAGUGAUUGGGAGACGGAGAGAAAUGGAGGAUGCCGUAGCUGUUAUUCCAGGGUUUUUAUCACGCACUUGCAAUCACGUUGGUGGUUGUACGGCUCCCGGUUCUAGAUCCUCCGGUGAGAUCGGUCCUGUUCAUUUCUUCGGCGUUUAUGACGGACACGGCGGCUCUCAGGUUGCUAAAUUUUGUGCCACGCGGAUGCAUGAUAUUAUAGCAGAGGAGUGGGACCGAGAAAUAGCCGGUGGUGCUGAAUGGCAGAAAAGAUGGGAAGCCGUAUUUGCUAAUGGCUUUGAGAGGACUGACAGUGAAAUCGAAUCAGAAGCAGUUGCACCAGAAAUGGUUGGAUCUACUGCCUCUGUGGUUGUUCUAUCUGGUUGUCAAAUUAUUACAUCCAACUGUGGCGACUCAAGGGUGGUUCUUUGCCGCAGGACUCAAACACUCCCAUUGACAGUAGAUCAGAAGCCUGACAGAGAGGACGAACUCUUGAGAAUUGAAGGAGAAGGAGGAAAAGUAAUAAACUGGAAUGGAGCUAGGGUGUUUGGUGUUCUUGCCAUGUCCAGGGCCAUAGGUGAUCGGUACUUGAGACCAUGGAUUAUUCCGGUGCCAGAGAUAACUUUUACAGCAAGAACUGAAGAGGAUGAAUGUUUAAUUUUGGCUAGUGAUGGACUUUGGGAUGUAAUGACGAAUGAUGAAGUAGGAGAAGUAGCGCGCCACCUUCUAAGAAGACGCCGCAGAUCCUUGUCAAUGGAGGAAAUAUCCCCAACACAAGUUGUUGCUGAUAGACUCACUGAAAUUGCUAUUAGUAGAAACAGUAAAGAUAACAUUUCAAUCAUAGUUAUUGAUCUGAAAUCAAAUAGAAAACGUCUGCAAAGGCGUACUUCAAUUUCCCAAGAACUCGGUUGA